GGAAAGCAAAGCGCGCAUUUUUUUUGACCAGGAACGAUGUUCGGGCGGACUGGCACUCGCCUCGCGUCCAACGGCUCCUUUAGUUUCCGACCUGGAUCGGGAUCGGGGCCGGGUCCUGGUCCCGGUCCGGGACCUGGAUCUGGAUCUGGAUCGAGACCUGCGCGUGGUCCUCCCGCCACCGCUGGCGGACACGUGGGUGCGCCGCCGCCGCCACCAGCUUCGGCCGCGGGAGGAGAGGGAGGAGGAGGAGGAGGAGGAGGAGCAGGAGGGACUUCGGGACUGGCCAGGUCCGUAUCUCUUCGGCAGUCGGAGCGCUUCCGUCGGCAUCGGGAUGGCGACCCGUCGUCACUGCCCUUCGGCUGGAUCUGGGGCCGUCGAUGGAGGUGGAGGUAUUGUCUGCUGUACACGUCGGACGCUGAGCUGGAGUUCGAGGAGUAUGGGCAGCGGCCUUCGAUCACUGGCGGAACGCGGUGGGAGUACGCCGCCUCCGCCUGCGACAACUUCCGCCCGCCUGGCCGCGCCGCCAAGGCCGUUUGCGCGGGGUACAAGCUCGCUCUCGACGUCGACGACCUAAUCAACUGGCUGGUGAUCUGCAUUUUCGGGAUCAUUAUGCUGACCUCCUUCGGCAGCGCGGUAUCGCGAUCCCGACUCCUGCACUGGGUCUCGUGGGUGGCGGUCCUGCAGGCGGUCGCAAGCCUCCAGACCCUUCGAUCCCGCCUUCGUUCCGACGCCGCCGGCGGCGGCGGCGGCGGAACUCCAGCCUCUUCCUCCCCUUCCGCCGCCGCCGCCGCCGUGAACAGCGGCAUCCCCUGCAUCUUCUGGCUCGCCAAUCCGCCACGUAGCAUUCUGAUGUCCGUUGCCUACGGUCGCUUAUCCUUUGUGAUUAUAUCUGACAUCUGGCAGAUCUUCCAAUACGCGGUGAAAGGUGGGUUGGCCGUCCUCCUCCUCCUCCACCUCUCCCCCGAAGUGGAUAAGCUUGUUUCGUCGAGUGCCAUCCGAAGCCCACGUGGCGGGGAACGGAUAAGGGAGGGGUUUUACGCGGGAGCAGUGCUGCUGGGUUGUCAGUUUUUGGCGGGAGUUUUCGCCGGUGCAAUGCACUUCGUCAAAGAAUGGAAUCCCGCGCUCCGAGCUUGGAUAUGGCAUUUUCAGCAUCAUCCUUCUCUGCCUGGUUGCAUCGGCUUCGACAGCGAGAAGUGCGGCUUGCCCCUCCACUGGUUCACAUCGAUCAGCAACGCCAAGAUCUGUCUUGCAUGGGCAUUGAAUCGUCGUCAUCAAUGGAAGUUGAGGAGGCGGGACCACCAGAGACGGCCGGAGGCGAGUCUGUCUGCCGCGGGAGAAGCGUCGGAGGAAGUCGUCGAGAGAUUCGUCGGGAUGGGAUUGGAUUCGCUGGCAAGAUGUGCGACUUAUCCCGAGGGUAGGGAUGAAAUUCUGCAGAACUCGGGCUUUGAACUCAUCUUGCUGGCUCUGAAGCCGGCCAUCGAAUCGCGGACCCGCACGGCGGCAGCAAACGUUAUCCAUUCUUUUUUCAUCAACGUGGAACGCCACGCGUACGAAUCGGCUAAUCAUAAUCAUAAUAAUAAUAAUAAUAAUAAUAAUAAUAAUGGUAAUAACCUUAUCCAUUCUUCAUAUGGCGAUCCGGCGGGGAUUCGUUCUAAUAAUAGAUUUAGCGGUGUGCCGGGCGCCGCCGGCGCCGUCGCAGCAGCAGCAGCAGCAGCAGGAGCAGCAGCAGCUGCUGCUCCCAGCUCUCGGGUUCAAUUGAAUUAUAGUAAUGUGAGAAGUGGAAAUGUGGGGGGGGGAGGAGGAGGAGGAGGAGGAGGAGGAGAUGAUGCAAGAUUCAGGAGGCGGGAGGAGGAGGAGGUGCCACGUUGGGGAGGCAGAUCUGUCGAGGAGGAUGACGUGGCCGAUCUGGAAGAUCUUCUAGAAGAUCUUCCAGAUCUGGAAGUGGAGAAUCUAAUGGCACCACACCUCCGCACGUGCACCGUGAGUCUGGUCGACCUUAUCCACUCAGCGGAAAUGUCUGCGGAGGAGAAAGAGUCGGGAUCCCGUGCUCUGUUGUCGUUAUCCAUUGCCGUCACUUCCAGCGUGUUCGCCCUUCUCCGAUCGAGACCCCGACACAGAAUCCUGGCCUUGUUGCCACGAUGGCUGCGUGUCGCAGCUGCAGACGAGCUCGAUGUGGCGAUUGAUGACCCAUCGAGCACGCCGACGAUGGGAGGAGGAGGAGGAGGCCGCGGCGGCGGCGGCCAUAACCAGCUGCCAUCGCUGAGCGAGCUGGCUGCAGAUCCCGGCGGCCUUUCAAGACGUCAUCGUCUCUCUCUCGCUCGCAACGGCGAUGCCCGAGGAGGAGGAGGAGGAGGAGCGGAGCUCGGAGAUGGAGCUACCACUAGUCCCUCUCCGCAGCAGCUGCAGCAGGCAGUUGGCGGCGCCAGCAGCACGAGACGGACCUCUCCUUCUUCUCCUUCUUCUUCUUCCAUCAUGCGUAAACGACAGGAUUGGGUCUCUCGUCGGCAAAGUACGCAGCUGAGGCGAUCCUCGUCUUCGUCUUCCCGGCUUGAGCGGCGCCGAGCUGCUCGCAGAUUAUCUUCCAUCGCCGGGACCGAUGACGACUUGGCAGCAGGGACGUCCACCUCCGCUGGGCCAGGUCGGGAUCCCGAUCCAUCUCCCUCCCUUGCUGCUGCUGCUGCUGCUGCCGCUGCAGCCGGAGAUCCCGACGAUGCUAUGACCCUCGCCGCGUGCCAUUGGUGGCCCUGGUCGUCCGUGUUAUCAGCCCUCCGAGAGACGACGUUCGAGCGACUGGAUGUGAAGGAGCCCAUGCAGGCACUCAGAGAGCUCGAGCUUGAGGAGAAUGAUACCGCGCGGGAGGUGGAGAGGCUAAGGGAGGUCCUCGGCUCGCGUAUCUCCUCAAUCAAGUUUUGUUACCUUCCUGUGUUUCCCUCCCACCCAGCCCUUUGUCUGCAUUCCCGGUUUGGUAAGUGCCACGUCAGCAGUGCCAUGACAGCAGCAGUGCCACGUCAGCAGUGCCAUGGCAGCAGUUCCACGUCAGCAGUGCCAUGUCAGCAACAGUGCCACAUCAGCAGUGCCACUUCAGUAGCAGUGCCACAUCAGCAACAGUGCCACAUCAGCAGUGCCACGACAGCAGCAGUACGUCAGCAUUGUCCCGCCACCAUGACGGUUUCAGCUUUGGGCAUGCCAGGCCAACUGGCCAACGAGUCCAUUGCUGAGUACCGACAGCGGUUCCAAGCUCAGCUCGCACGGAUCGAGGCGGAGGAACAACGCCAGGCGGCAGCCGAGGCUGCCCGCCUACAGGCUGAAGUGGCGGUAGCAGCUGAAAAGCAGCGGCUUCAGGCCGAAGCUGACGCAGAUGCCCAGGCCCGCCGCAUGGAGGCCCAGGAUCUGCUGCAGCUGCACGAAGCUGCCAGCGUCGACAGGCUCAAGUUCUGGCAUUUUGAACCUUCCGAGGGCAGCGACGACGUGACACCGGAAGAGCAGCACAAGGAGUUUCUCUCCAAACUCGUGGCCCGGUUGGUUCGCACUUGUAACCACCUGCAGUCCGAGUUGGUGAAUCUUCGACGGGCAGUGCGGAACCACAAGGGUCUGCACGAGGAUGCUACACGGGCACUUAUUCCAGUGUACAGGACUUGGAUCAAGCAGCACCAGGACCCGAUGCUGGCGAAUCCAGCAAUGCAACCUCUACCUGCCAGUUGGAGCAACGAGUUGACCAUGUAGUCGCAAUGCUCGGCGACAUCAGCACCUUCACUGCACCAGCCACCAUCAGCGAGCAGCUGGACACCUUUAAAACUGAGGUUC